AUGUCAGAAACGCUGCACAACGAACUGUUACUUGCAUUGAGUGAACAGUAUAACCAGUCUCUAAUAUCCUCCUACACACCGAUCGAUACAUGCACAGCGACAGUCGAGCUACUCGAGGGUGUCCAAGUGCGUGUACACAUAACCCAAUUUGGAUAUAGCCUGGGGGGCGGUGGUAGUAGUAUUGGCAGUGAUAGCAGCAGAAGCAGUAACACCAACACUACCAAUCAAUCAGAAGACUUAGAAGGCCUCUUACGCGGAUGCAGUCCAGCAUUCAACCAACGCACCACAGCAAUUCUGUUGGAUAAACUCGAUAAAUUGGCUAAAGUACAACAUAAAUAA